AUGCGACCUGAUCUGACAGGAGAGAAAGAAGCAUUCCUGCAUGCACCAUUGCAAGCACUGAAAGAAAUUGUAGGAACAUUUACAGGGAAAGGGGAUCCGAAAGUCAGGAGCAGUGCUUCCGAGGUACAAAAUACACAGAAUGAAAGGGAGAAGGAAGAGGUGUUAGAAAAAUUGAGGAAUUUUCUGAAUCUUCUUGGAAAGGAAAAGGUCCAGAAUUUGGGAGAAGUUGGAAAAACAACGGCCCAGAAUUUGGGAGAACAUUCUCUUGGAAAGAAAGCGGUCCAGAAUUUGGAAGGAGGUCUUGGAAAGACGCUCCAGAAUGUAAGAGAAGAUCUUGGAAAGAAGGGAGAAGAUCUUGUUAGAAGUUUUUUUGAGGCGCUCACGAGCAAGCACGAAAAAGAAGGAAAAAUUGCUUUGGGAGAACAUUUUCUUGGAAAGGAAGCGGUCCAGAAUUUGGAAGGAGGUCUUGGAAAGAAGGGAGAAGAUCUUGUUAGAAGUUUUUUUGAGGCGCUCAUGAGCAAGCACGAAAAAGCCGGAAAAAGUGCGAACAAUACUUUGGAGGAACAGAGCGCAGACAAUACGCAGAAUGAGACCGACGAAAAGCAAAAUAAAAAAUCAUCACAACCAUUGCGAGAAACAACGGUGAAGAAACGACAGGAAGCAGGUAGAGUAAAAGGAAGCUUAGCGCAGCAAUUUACAGAAGAAGCUGUGAGGACCGAAAGCCGUGCAUCCGAAGAGCGUGACGCAGCUGCUACAUUGAGAAAGGGAAAAAGCUCUGAGGAGUCUGCAUCGCGACUCCGUCAGGAGAGUGGAGAAGAUAAGCAUGAAGUGACUGCCUCACCAACUACAACGGCAAGAGAACGCUAA